AUAACUUGCCAGUCACACUUUGCCGCGAUGCGUUAUUAUUGUCUAACAAGUUCUUUAAAAUUGCUUAAUUGCAAUAAAAAUGUUUUAAUUUCAAUAAACGUGCGUAAUUUGUCAGCCACUGCACAGACAAAUGGAGAUAAAGUGAAGGCAACACCAGCGCCGCCGCCAACAGAGACGUCCGACGGCGAUAACAACAACACGCAACAACAACGAUCGCUUCAUAUUGCCGUUAUUGGAGCACCGAAUGUGGGAAAGAGCACCUUCAUCAACAACAUAAUUAACCACAGAGUAUGUCCCACAUCCGCCAAGGUGCACACGACGAGGAAAUCCAACACAGCCAUUUGGACAAUUGGUCAGACGCAGCUCGUCUUCUACGAUACACCCGGUCUGGUGACACAGCGCGAGAUACGUAAACACCAUUUGGAUCAGAGCUUCAAGAGCGCCUGUCGUCAUGCCAUUCAGCAUUCGGACAUCGUUGCCGUAGUGCAGGACGCCUCAAACAGCUGGACGAGAAGGGAGCUGCAUCCCACAGUUCUGGACACUUUAAAGGCCUAUGCGAAACUGCCAAGCUUCUUGAUACUCAAUAAAAUAGAUGCUUUAAAGUCGAAACGUGUGCUACUCGACUUGAUCAAGACCUUGACUAACGAUACGUUGCAAGGCAGGCGACAAGGCAAGAAACUGCCUCCAAAGGAUGCAGUGCAACAGCUGGAAGUUGGCACACCUUUGAGCCAGCGUGAAACCAGUUGGAGUCAUUUUAACGAUGUCUUCCUAGUCUCCGCACUAACGGGCAAUGGAUUGCAGGAGCUGCAGGAUUAUUUAAUUGGUGCCGCCAAACCAAGACGUUGGCAAUAUGCUGGGGAUGUCUAUACGGAUGCCACGCCCGAGGCGCUGAUCGUGGAAAGCGUGCGAGCUCGUUUGCUGGACUACCUGCCGCAGGAAAUACCCUAUAACCUGAAGUGCAAGAUGGAGUAUUACAAUGUGGAGAAGCAUGUUGUCUACACCUCUGUGUUGGUUCAGUGUCCAACGCCGCGGAUUGAGCGCUUGAUUUGUGGAGAAUCUAACGGAAAACUACGGCAAAUAACUGAGCGUGUCACCUCGGAUUUGGUGGAAAUGUUUGGUCAGGCCGUCUCCUUAACAAUAUCCACAGUGUCCGAUGGCAAGAAGACAGCUUGAGUAUUUAAAAAGGAACAAUCUAGCUUUGUUGUGUUUAGUAUAUUAUUAAAAAUGCUUUCUCUAUUUA